AAUGGGUUUCAAUUGAGUCAAAGCCAGUAACCCCAUUGAUCAUAAUGCUAUUCGUUUUCAAUAUGCAGUUACAAAAGCAGAUAUUGCACAUGAACAUAUUCGUCUUGCUACAUAUUAUUUUAUGAAUUGAAAAUCUGGUUGUCAGAGAGGGGUCUUUAGAAUUUCUUAGUUCCAAGUUCAUGAUACCAAUUCACUAAUAUCUCUGUUACUGCAUCAUAUCCAUCUUAUGUGAAGCACGUGUUUCUGGAUAUAUUGAUCGUACACCGGAAAGGCAUUUGUUGUGAACUUUCAGGAAAAUUUGACAAACUACACGUGGAUCUUAAUGCCAGUGAACAUGCCACGUAAUCAACAUUGGGUGCUACUGGUGGCUAAUGUCAAGGAUGGAACAGUGGGCGUGGUUAAUUCUAAACCCUCCUUAGAUGUGGAGGACAAGGUUGUACAACACUGGAGGCUCUUUGUAAACCACUUGAAAUCUACGUCUAAGGAAAGGAGCAAGUCAUGGAUGAAGAAACAGUACCCAGUGAUAGAACAGUCAGAUGGACACAGCUGUGGAAUAUUCGUUCUGAUGGCUGCUGAUGCAAUUUUGUCGGAGAAGUCUCCAGGCAUCACGAGGAACUGUCACGUUGAGAAAUACAGGCUGUAUGUGCUUCAGAGGAUACUACAGUAUGCAAAGGACAAGGGAGAUAUGCAAGGUGGAGGUAAUCACAUGAUGGCAGUUGAUGGACAGGGUAAUGUCAGAAACGAAAUUCAAACUGUAACGCUGGAGACAAGAGGUGUACUGGAAAAUAUCUGUACAAUAUCAACAGAGCAAGGAGGUCCAACUAUUCAUGAAGAGGAUGGACAUGAAACACAUGAAGGAACCGACUCUGCUGUCGCCAGUGAUGAAAAUACAGAGAACUAUCCAUGUUUGGAUCAGCACUUGUUGGAUAAGCAGAAGAUGGCGUGCUUGUUAGUGGUUGCUUUGGCGGAGAAUAACCUGGAGGAGAGGAUGCUAUGGGCAAGGUCUUACACAGGGACUCGCGUGGAAAGAGAAACCUACAAAAAAUAUAUUGUUUGGGCACUCAAGGUUUUUGACAUCAAUGAAAAAGAAUACACUGAAAAUAUGAUGAAACCUAUUUUAUCCCAAUUGGCGGGAUGCUGUCUCCAUCAUGAAGCAGGCUCAUAUAGAAUAAGAAAUCAUGAAGUAGCAAUAAAGCUAAGAGAAAUACUGCUCAGUGAUGUGGGACAGUUGGUUGAAAGGAUGGAUCUCGAGUUCAUAUUUCGUUAUGUGACAUUUAGAGGUGAUCCAACCGAAGCGGAACAACUAGAUGUGCCUUUAAAAAUCGAAUUGAAACAUGAUGAUCUGCAUAUUGUAGCGAAGCGGUUUCUUGCAGCUGUACAUGGCAGAAAGUUUGCCUUUGAGUGCAUGCAUUCCCUAUUCCAGGUAGAGACAUUUGUUGAUAUGGUUUGGGAGAAUAUCUUGCAUAAUCUGAACAAGGACAGAUCGAAACUGUUGAAAGUAUUGUCAAAAAAGGACAUUAUAUAUGGAUAUUCCUUUCUGUUUUGGGCGAGCAUCACAGACAACUCGAUUUUGCUGAAGAAAGCAUUGAACAGUGUUCAGUUUAUGGUAAAGAACAGACAGGAAGCUUUGUUUGGAAGUUGCUUUGGGAACAGUUUAGCCAACUUCGAUUACUUGUGUUCCAAAAAUAACUGGCAGUUGGAUACAUUGUGUAUGACGCUACCCGAACUCCCAAGACCUCUUAUCAUUAAACUGCAGUUGGCAGUUGCAGAUGAUCUGAGAGUAAAGUUUGGUAAAUGUUCACUUUUGGACAUUGCCUGUAUGGGUGGGUUGUCUGCAGUGGCUUCCAGAUUGUCACAUUUGAUAAAGAUGAGCAAGAACAAGAACAGGUCAAGAAAGAAUACAUAUGUACAUUAUGCAUCCUUGUGCCUAAAGGGCAAAGAUACCAUGGAUACAAUUACAAAAAUUGGAAAACUGAAUGUCAAUAUAACAGGCCCUGAAGGAUCAACACCUUUACAUUACGCAUGUGCAGUUGGAAAUGUUAGCAUUGUAAGCUAUCUGUUACAGGAAGUAGUGGACAUUAGUGAGCAAAACAAGAAGGGUGAAACUGGGCUUCAUUUAGCAUGUAUAUAUGGAAAUGCAGAAGUUGUUACAAUGUUAUUACAGAACAAGGGAAUAAUUCAUUUGAAAGAUAAUGCUGGCCGCACACCUCUACAUCGUGCAGCCUGGCAGGGACAUCGGGUGGUUGUGGAGGUGUUAUUACAGAACAAGGCAAAUGUGGAUGAGAAACGUCAAAAUGGCAGCACACCUCUACAUGAUGCAUCCUGGCAGGGACAUCGGGUGGUUGUGGAGGUGUUAUUAAAGAACAAGGCACAUGUGGAUGAGAAAGAUAAGGAAGGCAGCACACCUCUACAUCGUGCAGCCUGGCAGGGACAUAGGGAGGUUGUGGAGGUGGUGACAACCGAUGGCCAGUUUCUUAUGAAAUCAUCGUCAAUUCCACACGGAAGCUUUAACAAUGGCGGUUGGCUUACAUCCACACCACUAACAUCAACGUGUCCCGUGAACCAGACAUCAGUAGAAUUGCCAGGGGUGUAUGUUCCGAGUCAACUGGGACAAGCAGUUUCCACAGACAGACAACGUGUUAUGGAAGAGAGAUACAUCGCCUUGCAGUCAUCCCAACCAUAUCAUAUAGACGGAAAUCUUAACAACUUUCUUACAGAUCCUGCACGCUUGGAGAUACGUUCACCCAAUCAAAGAUCAGAAACCAUAUAUGGAAUCUCAAGUCAUGUUCCCACCUAUGGCCAUGCUCCAGUAGUUGGUGACACAGUGCCUAGUUCAGAUACCACUAGUAAUUCUGAGAAUGUCAUCAUUCACUACACUGAGUCUGGGGAAAAGAUAGAGCUGCGGCAGCUCUAA